AGUUAUCGGUAGAGGUUCAACAUUGGUGGUCUAAUGAGGACUACCGCAUUACCUAUUGUAAUUAUCCUUCUAGCAGGUCUCCUGAAAGUGGGUGGAAAAAGACACAAAGCAUCUACAGAAACGGAUUCCCUGCAAAAGACCGAUGCAAGGUUUAGAGACUUACUAAGGGAGAUUAAUUCGACGUACCAUAAUAGACCCCUUAACACAGCAAACAAUAAGGAAUUCGAGAAGUAUUUCCGAAAUGUUUUAUCUGCCCUAAACUUAUCCAUUUAUGACCUAGGUACUAAAAUUGAUAUUUACACAGAUUUUACAGUUUACAAUCAAAUUAGAUUAGAACUUGAAAGAGAAAUGUUUAAAAAGAAACAAGUUGCCGAGAGACUUCUUAAGUUUAAAAAUCUUUUACCAAAGUGUCGAACGUUUUUUUCAAAUCAAUUAAUCGAACUGAAGGCGAGCUUCACUAAAUCGAACUUAAUGAAAAUGGAAAUAUUACAUGAUCCCAGUCCAGAGUGUGAAAACGUUGAACUAGAAAAGAUUUUCGUUCCCCCAACUCCAACUCCGAAACCCAGGAAUUAUGAUCAAGAGCUUCAUGAUAUUUUGCAAAAAUAUAAGAAGCGUCCUUGGGGGAAAAAAAAAUAUGUAGAGUUCGACGGACAAAUAUGGAAAGUGUUCAUGGCCACCAAUAAGGAAAGCAAACAUAAAAAAAGAGAGGCAGUGGACGCGUUUCUGGCAUAUGACGACAACCGUGACAAACUGGAUAAGGCCUUGGCAAGUAGAAUUGGAAAAUUUAAAAACGCAUUGGAACUGAAACACAUUCAGCUUGCAAAUCUGACCUAAUAAGCUUAAAUAGGAAACUAGCUCAAGCAAUGUUCAAAACCAUUCAGGAAAAACACACAAUCCUAGUCGCCACAAACUAUGUACAAUCUUGUCUCUAAAAUCAAAGGUAACAAUAUUACUUUUACUUUACAUAUUAAAGUUUGUAUUUAUCUAAAUUUAUUUUUGUUGCCAAGAACACAAUUGCUUUAGAAACAAAAAAAAGUACCGCUUAGUCUAUAAAGUUAAAUUAAAUGAUGCAAUACC